GCCCGCCCGGAGCCAGCCGGGUCUGUGACCGCCUGCGUGAGCCGGGCAGCCCCCUGCCCCGGCACUGUCCCGGCCCCGCUGCCUGCUGCCCUCCCAGGACUCGACCGCGUCCGCCCCGCACGGCUCAGACAGCUGCAAGUCCCCCAGCCCCCACCUCUCAGCCAGGGACGGGGCCUGGGCUGGCUUCACCCAGAGCCCCCUAGUCGCAGCAUGCACCCCUGGAGCUGCCCCCCAGAAACGACAGGGGUAACAGCAGCGCCGAGUGCCUGCACGGUCCCUGGGAGAGGGGCAGCGGGGGUCUCAGUCCCAGGACUCCUCCGCCUUUGGACCCUCUGGAGCCGCCCUGAAUUCAACGUGGUGCUCCAUGAAUCUCCUGGGGCCCUGCUUUCCCUCCCCCCAAGGCAGCCAUGCCGGGGAGGGUGCUGGGGUGCAGUCAGAGGAGUGUGGGCACAGACAGGUGCGGGGCCGCAGGGGCCUGGCGUGUCUGGGGCUCUCGUUGCAGAGCUGCUGGCUGGCCCCUGGCCAGGGAGACUUGCAGGCAGGGUCCAGGCCAGGCAGGUGCAGAGGCUCAGGUGCUUGGCUGGGAGGGCUCUGGGACGCUGCGGGGAGGGAGGGCUGCCAGCCUCGUUCUGCUCUCGGCGCUCUCCCGCAGGCCCAGGCUGUGACACUGACCGUGGCUCAGGCCUUCCAGGUGGCGCUGGACCUCUGGGAAGCAGCACAUGCAGGCUCCAGGCAGGAGCAGCCCCUUCGCCCUUCCUGUGCCUUGGAGAGCAGUGAGCCAGGCAGCACAAGGGCGCCGGCCCCCAUGGGGAACACCCCCCUCCAGCACCUCGGGGAGGAGGAAGAGGAAGAUGAUGACCUGGAUGAAGCCUUUCCCAGGAGCGACGCAUGCUCUCUUUGUUCCCAGCUGCACAGAGGAGGGCGCCCCAGGGCUGGCAGGCUCGACACUGCCAGCGCCGGGAGCAGGGACCUCGUGUGUCACACAGCUGGCAAUGAGCUGGCCCCGCCUGGGGCGCCCCCCAGACGGCAGGGCCAGGCGGGAGGCGGGUGCCAGAGCCCAUGCACCCGAGCGAUCCUGCCCUGCGGUGCCCUUGGGCUGACAAGGCCCCGGCAGGCCUCAGCACCACCGUCGCGGACCAAGUGCUCGCAUCCACCCUGUGCCUGAGCCCCGGCCCUGUGCGCUGCCCUGCUGGGGCAGGCCCCGGACAGCACCUGCCCUGCAGCCCCCGACCCCGCCGGACGCUUGCACAAACCCUUGGCUCUGCGCUCUGCCCCCAGUAGACGGACCGAGCUCCCUGCCUCUGUUCCCCGCACUGCUUCUGUCUCCAGCCAGUCCGCUCUGCUCCAGCCGGCCCCAGUCCUGCUCCUCUCGUCCGGACCUCAGCUCCGUUCCAGGUAUAUGGGCCAGAAGAGUCCCCACAGCCCUGUGGGCGUGUGGCACUAUGGUCUCUGCUCCCCUCCCGCUGUGCUGGCCCUUAGCUUUCCAUGGUGGGGGCAGUGCCAGGCUGGGGGCUGGCAGCUGCCCUGUGCAACCUCCCAGCCCCCAGGGAGCUUGCUUAGACCCAAGGACCCCUGCCCACUGCCCCCAGCCCCUGCCAGGCUGGUCCUGACCGCCUCGCCAGGUGAGCUGUGUCCUGCCAGAGCUCUGUGCUUGGGCUUUGGCCUCCACACCAGGCUGGCAGGCAGAUGGCAGCGAGCCCUGCUCCGUGCCCUGGGGUGCUCUGUGCCAGGUCAGUGGGGCGCGCGGUGCUGGGCACAGCUGCCAGUCUGGGGCCCUGGCCCUCGCAUCCGGGAGCUGGCGCUGGAGGCGUGCUGGAAGGGGGUGAGCUCUGCCCUUGUCCCCUGGGGAGUUAGCUCCCUCUGAGCUUUGGCCCACGGGAAGCGCCACCGGGCAGCAACCACUCGUGUACAACAAUGGGGGGGGUGGCCUCUCUGGGACCCCUCGCUGAGCGCGUGGGCUCCUGCACCAUGGGGCUAAGCCCCCGCUCUGCUGCUCCGUGCCCUCAGGGCAGAGGCUGCAACCAGCUGAUUGUUGAGGCCUCACCUUUGUAGAGUUCAAUAAACCCCUUUUCUACUGUUGUAA